AUGUCAGCACCUGCUUCAAUUAGGGAGGGCUCGUUAAGCAAGCUCCAACACUUCUCCGUGGAGCUCCAGGCUGAGUUGGUGCGGCGGUUCUCGUGGAGCCACAACCACGCGUCGUCCAUUUCGAUGACCUCAGCAGUGGCUCAAACUAGUGCUGGAGCCGAUAACAACUACGCCUUGGCACUGGAGGGUCGUGCUCAGAGACGACAGCUGGCUCGACUUAAUCAAAAUCGAUCCGGUGCUCAGAGAGCCCUACGCGGUCUCAGAUUUAUAAGCACCAAAACCCAAGAUGCUGUGGAUGCAUGGGAUCAAGUCCAUAGCAACUUCGAUGUCCUCGCUAGAGACGGAUUUCUCGACCGCACUGACUUUGCGAGGUGCAUAGAAAUGGAAGAUUCCAAGGACUUUGGGUUAGAAAUGUUCGAUGCCUUGAGUCAUAGACGAGGGCUUGACAAGAUCAACCGAGAUGAGCUGCACGACUUCUGGUUGCAAAUCGCGGAUGAAAGCUUUGAUUCACGGCUCCAGGUCUUCUUCCAAAUGGUGGACAAGAAUGAAGAUGGUCGUGUCACAGAGGAUGAAAUUAAAGAGAUCAUCAUGCUGAGCGCAUCUACAAACAAGCUACGGAGAGUGAAGGAACAAGCAGAGGAAUAUGCAGCGCUUGUGAUGGAAGUGUUGGACCAAGAAAAAAUUGGUUACAUAGAGCUUUGGCAACUAGAGGCGAUGCUAGUACAGCAGGGUACGUUCCUUGAUCAAUUUAGUCCUGCGCUAAAUUACAGCACCCAAGCCUUGAGCCGCCAGAAGCUGCUAAUAGAUGUUUUACAAAGAAAUUGGAGGAGAAUCUUCGUGUUGAGCUUGUGGUUUAUUACCAUGAUUUGGCUCUUCACGUGGAAAUUUUAUCAGUACAAAAGCAAAGAUGCGUUCAAAGUCAUGGGUUACUGUGUGCUCACAGCCAAGGGUGCUGCUGAGACCCUCAAGUUCAACAUGGCCCUCAUUCUGUUGCCCGUCUGUAGGAGUACAAUCACUUGGCUCAGAUCCACAAUUCUAGCCUACGUGAUUCCUUUUGACGACAACAUCAAUUUUCACAAGACCAUCGCUGCAGCUAUUGUUAUUGGCAUCAUUCUCCAUGCCGGAAGUCACCUUACCUGUGACUUUCCUAGGCUUUCCAACUUGCCUCAGAAAAAAUAUGCGACAAUACUUACAAAGCUUGACUUCGGGGUAGAUAAACCCAGCUACACGAGGCUGAUCAAAGGGAUAGAAGCGCAGACGGGAAUUGCAAUGGUGGUGUUGAUGGCGGUUGCAUUUACACUUGCAACAAGAUGGUUCAGACGGAGCCUUAUCAAGCUGCCCAAGCCCUUUGAUAGGUUCACUGGUUUCAAUGCCUUCUGGUAUUCGCACCACCUAUUCGUUGCGGUUUAUAUCUUGUUCAUUGUACACGGCACAUUCCUGUAUAUGGCGCACAAGUGGUACCUGAAGACGACAUGGAUGUAUCUUGCAGUUCCUGUUUUAGUAUAUGCUGGAGAAAGGGCCUUGAGGUUCUUUCGGUCUGCGUCCCAUCUUGUCCGUCUUCUGGAGGUUGCCAUAUAUCCGGGAAACGUUCUGAUGUUGAAGAUGUCUAAGCCACCCCGGUUUAAAUACAAGAGCGGGCAAUACUUGUUAAUCCAAUGUCCCACUCUUUCGAGAUUUCAAUGGCAUCCAUAUUCCAUUACAUCUGCCCCCGGAGAUGACUACCUGAGUGUUCACAUUAGGCAGCUAGGUGAUUGGACACAAGAUCUUAUGCGGGUAUUCUCUCAAGCCAUUCCUAUGGCCGGAAAUAGUACUGGGAUUCGCAGGGUUGACGAAACAACCCAGGAAGGUUGGCCGAAGCUCUUAAUCGACGGACCUUAUGGUGCCCCAGCACAAGACUACCGGAAGUAUGAUGUCUUGCUACUUGUUGGUAUGGGGAUUGGAGCAACACCUUUUAUCAGUAUUCUCAAAGAUUUGCUCAACAACAUUAUCAAAAUGGAGGAGGCAGCAGAUUCAAUCUCGGAUGUCACUGCAUACUUCUACUGGGUAACGAGGGAGCAAGGCUCCUUUGAUUGGUUUAAAGGGGUCAUUGAUGAAGUUGAUGCUCUUGAUCAAAAGGGUGUCAUUGAGAUGCACAACUACCUGACUAGUGUGUAUGAGGAAGGAGACGCCCGAUCGGCCCUCAUUAGCAUGCUGCAAGCACUCAACCAUGCUAAAAAUGGCGUGGACAUUGUUUCAGGCACUAGGGUUCGAACGCAUUUUGGAAGGCCUAAAUGGAAGAAAGUUUUCUCCAUGAUGUGUUCCAAGCACAUUGGUGCAAGAAUUGGGGUAUUCUACUGUGGGGCACCGGUUUUGGCUAAAGAACUCAACAAGCUCUGCAAUGAGUUCAAUCAAAAAGGCCCAGCCAAGUUUGAAUUCCACAAGGAGCAUUUCUAG